AUGGCGGCUGUGGUGGAGAAUGUAGUGAAGCUCCUUGGGGAGCAGUACUACAAAGAUGCCAUGGAGCAGUGCCACAAUUACAACGCCCGCCUCUGCGCUGAGCGCAGUGUGCGCCUGCCUUUCUUGGACUCCCAGACUGGAGUGGCCCAGAGCAACUGUUACAUCUGGAUGGAAAAGCGACACCGGGGUCCAGGAUUGGCCUCUGGCCAGCUGUAUUCCUACCCUGCCCGGCGCUGGCGGAAAAAGCGGCGUGCCCACCCACCUGAGGAUCCACGGCUCUCCUUCCCAUCUAUCAAACCAGACACAGACCAGACCCUGAAGAAGGAGGGACUCAUCUCGCAGGAUGGCAGCAGUUUAGAAGCUCUGUUGCGCACUGACCCCUUGGAAAAACGAGGCGCCCCAGACCCCCGCGUUGAUGAUGAUAGCCUGGGCGAGUUUCCUGUGACCAACAGUCGAGCACGGAAGCGGAUUUUAGAACCAGAUGACUUCUUGGAUGAUCUCGAUGAUGAGGAUUACGAAGAAGACACUCCCAAGCGUCGAGGCAAGGGGAAAUCCAAGGGUAAGGGUGUGGGCAGUGCCCGGAAGAAGCUGGAUGCUUCCAUCCUGGAGGACCGGGACAAGCCUUAUGCCUGUGACAAUAGUUUCAAACAAAAGCAUACCUCGAAAGCACCCCAGAGAGUUUGUGGGAAACGUUACAAGAACCGACCCGGCCUCAGCUACCAUUAUGCCCACUCCCACCUAGCUGAGGAGGAGGGUGAAGACAAAGAAGACUCUCAGCCACCAACUCCUGUUUCCCAGAGGUCCGAGGAGCAGAAAUCCAAAAAAGGUCCUGAUGGAUUGGCUCUGCCUAACAACUACUGUGACUUCUGCCUGGGUGACUCAAAGAUCAACAAAAAGACAGGACAACCUGAGGAGCUAGUGUCCUGUUCGGACUGUGGCCGCUCAGGGCAUCCAUCCUGUCUCCAGUUCACCCCCGUGAUGAUGGCGGCUGUGAAGACCUACCGCUGGCAGUGCAUCGAGUGCAAGUGUUGCAACCUCUGCGGUACCUCCGAGAAUGACGACCAGCUGCUCUUCUGUGAUGACUGUGACCGUGGCUACCACAUGUACUGUCUCACCCCAUCUAUGUCUGAGCCCCCUGAAGGAAGUUGGAGCUGCCACCUGUGUCUGGACCUGUUAAAGGAGAAAGCUUCCAUCUACCAGAACCAGAACUCCUCCUGA